CGCUGGAGGACUUGAGUGUCUCCUCAACGCGAUUGCCCCUUACCUGUUCCCAGCGGGAGGGACAUGAGUGUCCCGGGGCCGCCACCCCCGGACGGGGUCCUGGCAGGGCCGCCCUGCAGCCUGGAGGCCGGGGAACCGACGCUCGGUUUAAAUGACAUUUCUCCAGAUGAAGGGUUAAUAGAGGACUUGACAGUAGAAGACAAAGCUGUGGAGCAACUGGCAGAAGGAUUGCUUUCUCACUACUUGCCAGAUCUGGAGAGAUCAAAGCAAGCCCUCCAGGAACUCACACAGAACCAAGUUGUAUUAUUAGAUACACUGGAACAAGAGAUUUCAAAAUUUAAAGAAUGCCAUUCUAUGUUGGAUAUUAAUGCUUUGUUCACUGAAGCUAAACACUAUCAUGCCAAGUUGGUGAAUAUAAGAAAAGAGAUGCUGAUGCUUCAUGAAAAGACAUCAAAGUUAAAAAAAAGAGCACUGAAACUGCAGCAGAAGAGGCAGAAAGAAGAGUUGGAAAGGGAGCAGCAACGAGAGAAGGAAUUUGAAAGAGAAAAGCAGUUAACUGCCAAACCAGCUAAAAGGACAUGAAAAGUUGUGUUCACGUGUGUUUCCUUCCCCUAUUCCAUAUUCUUUGGAUUUAAGACGACUGAAGUAUAGACUGAAAAUAAGAUAGUGCCUUAUACCAUUGUGUUAUGUUUUGAAAUUCUUAUCCCAGGAUUGCUAUUUCUCCAUAUCUUCAUUUCAGCCAUUCAAAAAGUCUUUCUAAGUAAUAAACAUAAUGUCAUUUCGUUUUGAUAUUUGUAUAUAAUUUUUCAACUUUUGUUUUGCUUAAUUUUAAAAUUCAUUAUUUUGGCCUUGAAUUAUUUAUAAACUGGAAAACAGUUUGAUUGUUAUAAAAGUCUAGACUCUAAGUGCUAAAGAAUUAGUAUGAAUUUUUUAACUUCUUAAUGAAUGUAGAUUUAAGUUUCAGUUUCUUUUUUGAAAUGACUUGCCUUUCUGGUAAUACAAUGCUGGUUUUUUGUAAUUGCUUUUUCUUUGCUUAGUUAAGAAGAAAUGCCAACUGUUUAGUCACAUAUGUGUGGCUU